AUGGUGGCCUUAGGGUUGCAAAGAUUGGAUCAACUGUUAGUAAAAAUCAAAAGGCUAGUGGAGUCAGCCGUAGAGUUAGAGUUGUCAGUCCAGCAGACGGGAAGACCAGAGGUGCAAGUACAGGAAGAUUCAGCGAAGCUCAGGAAGAAGCUGGAGGAUAUUAAAGAAGCACUGACAAAUGCCGUAGAGCAAUAUGAGGAAGCGGACCAAAAGUGA